CUUUUCUUUGGAAUAGGACCUUUUUAAGAAAAAAAAAGAUAAGUGUCCCCAACACCUCCCCAAGAAAAUGGAUAUAUCUGCCCUCUCCGAGGAUAAAUUCGAUGCUGUCGAUUGGAUAAAUGAGAACUUCAAAAAGUACAGUGAAGAUAAUAAAUCCAACAACAGAAAUUUAGAUGCCGAUGAUAAAGUGGCCAUAGAAUUUAUCAAUAGCUAUGUUUCCAAACUCCAGCUGUAUGUACAACAAGUAAACUAUGCUGUCGAAGAGAGUAGCCAACAACUGGUGGCCAACUUACCUAAAAUAGUUAAAGAUGUCAAGUCACUGCAUGCUGAUGUCCGUAGUCUGCAGGGACGUAUGUUGGAAAUGCGCCAGGAGGUGGCAGCCGUACAAGAAGAGACCGGCGAAUGUAUGGCCACAUUGGAAAAAUUAAAUUCCAAACAAAUUAAACUGCAGACGGCAAAGGAAUCAUUGCAGGAAUCGGACGGCUGGGGUAAUUUGCUGUCACAGCUGGAGGACAGUUUUGAGAAGAAUGAUUUGAAGAGUGUUUGCGACAAAAUCUCAGCAUUGCAAAAGAGUUUGGCAGCCCAAGAGCAGCUGCCAGGCCAUGAAGAACGCAAAUCUCAAGUUGAAGACUUCAAAAAUCGUUUGGAAGCCUUAGCAUCACCCAGUCUGGUGCAAUGCUUUGCAGAAGGCAACGUUGAACAGUCACAGCGUUAUGUCAACAUAUUUGCUGCCAUCCAGAGGAAGCCACAAUUGCUGCAAUACUAUUCGACGGUACAAAAGACGGCACUGCAACAACAAUGGAAACAAACCCUGGAAAUACAGGCCACAGAGACGGCGGGCCAACAGCAGCAUUUCCUAAAUCUUUUCUAUGAUCAGCUUUUGGAAAAUUGUCAAAAACAAGUCAAAUGGUGUAGCCAGGUAUUUGGUGGAGAUGAAGAUGCCAUGCAACAACCCUUGCGCAUGUUGGCCGAACUGUUGCCUGCUCUACAACCCUCCCGGGAUAAUCAUAUUUUGCAGUUAUUAAAAACCUGUAAUGAACGUUUGGAUCUUUUACAACAAUUCGCCCAAGCCAAUCACAGCUUUGUAUUGCAAUUGAACGCCUACUUGGAACAGUCUUCCAUUCAGUUAAGUGAUGAUUUGAAACAACAAUUGGCCCAUGCCAUCUAUGAAUAUUUCCACAAAUUCAUACAACAGUAUCCACGUCUAGAGGAGACCCAUCUCUCCACACAGGUGGAUAGGGUAUUAGUUUCUCAGUCGCAUGCCAGUGAUGCAGUGCGGCAUUUGAAGGACAGCACAAGUAAAUUGUUCGAUUGGCUCCAUGAGGCCCUGCAGCGUUGCUCGAACAUUACCAACGAUUUGGCGCUGUGCAAACUCAUCAAUCUGCUGGGUGGAAUAUUCAAACGUCUGCUGGAACAGUUUUCCAAAACUCAGCGCCAAUUAACCUUAAACAUUGGCUCUAACUCCAAUCAAACAAAUUCGGAUAGUAAUUGGUCUAUGUUGCAGUACACCUUGGCAUUGCUGGAAUGUCUGGCGGAUUAUCACCAGAAAUUACAGAAGUUUGAAAAGACCCUGCAGGAGCGUCUUACACAGUUGAAGAUUAAACUGGAAGAAAAUCAAAGGAAGAAUCUAAAUAUCUAUCAAACAUUUGAUUCCGGAGAAAGACAUAGGCUUUUAAAAAGUAUUGAAGACUUGCAGCAAAAACGUUUGGAGGAUAAUGCCACUACUGGCAUCUUUGCCAAUAUUUAUGAAUCACUGAAAACGUUCUUUAGUGAAACCCAUGAUAUUACUUUGAAUAUACUUCUGCAACCGUUGGAAUCCCAUUUGGCUGAAAUACAACCACCAGCCCAAUUGCAGCAGGGUCAUAUGCAAGAUAUGCCUGCCUUUAGUUUUGCUCCCCAAGAAAGUAUUACACAAAUUGGACAAUAUCUUUUGACUUUGCCACAGCAUUUAGAACCCUUACUGCUUUCGCCCUCAACUCUACUUAAACAAGCUCUGGAGAUGUGCCACAUAAAAUAUGCCCAAGCCAUACCAUCUGCCGACAUUCUACUCUCACUGGUUGUGGCUCAAUGCUGUGUCCUCUAUCAAUCACAAAUCUUACAAAUCAAGUCCCUAUCGAAUGCCUCCUCCAAACAAUUGGCUGUUGAUAUUGAAUAUCUAUCGAGUGUUGUUGAGGAAUUGGGUUUAUCUCUGACAACGUCAUUGACGCAAAUCUUGACACUGCUUAAGGCCUCACCGGAAAAUUACUUGUCUCUGAGUGCAGGCUGUGAACCGCGUUUGGUAACAGCCAUAAGACAAAUGCGCAAUAUUAUUUCAACACAGUAGUGUCGCGUGGCUAACAGUUUUCUGCAGUCUCUAUAAUUUAUUACUGUCUGCUGCGAUCGGGUUAUAUGCGUCUGUCUUUAUUAUUACGUUACUAUUAAAUAGAAUAUCUGCGUAGGCAUUCCCAAGAAUAUUGUUUUUAUGUUUACAACACCACAUAAUUUGCAUAGUCUGACUAUAAAUAAAAAUCUAUGAAAAAACAAGUGGCUGGUCUCUAACCGCAUCGCUCACCGUUAACCAUGUAUGGAGAUGAAUUGAAAA